AUGGCGGAAAUCACUCCAAGCACGGGCGUGAGCCUUACCGAGAAGGAGAAGGCCGGUAUCGAGAGAACCGGCUCCGGCCAUGCCUCUUCCAUGGAGGGUGACGUCCGCGCCAACAGGGGUGCCGCCGACUACGACUUUGAGAGACAGAAGCUGGCAGAGGGUGAGGCCGCUUUCCACCAGCUUGGAUGGAAACGCCUGACGGUUGUGCUCAUCGUGACUGCCGUCGCCCUGGGCAGUCUCAGUCUUCCGGCCGCCUUCGCAUCACUGGGCAUGAUUCUCGGCGUCAUCAUUUCUGUCAGCAUGGGUCUUUUGGCCAUGUACUGCAGUUAUGUCGUCGGUCAGGUCAAGGUCAAGUACCCCCACAUCGCCCACUACACCGACGCCGGCAGAAUGAUGUUUGGCAAGUGGGGGUACAUUAUCAUGACGUUCAUGUUCGUCCUGCAGCUCACCUUCACCACCGCCUCCCACGUUUUGACGGGAGCUAUCAUGUUUGGGAACCUGACCAACAAUGGCGCCUGCACUGUCGUCUUUGCCGUCGUCUCGGGCAUUCUCCUGUUCCUCCUGGCCAUCCCGCCCACCUUCUCCGAAAUGGCCAUUCUCGGAUACGUCGAUUUCGUCUCCAUCAUUGGUGCCAUCGGUCUGGUCUGCCUACCCCAAGGAGGGCUUGACGCUGCACGAGGGCUUCAUUGCGGUCACCAACAUUGUGUUCGCAUACAGCUACUCGCUUUGCCAGUUCAGCUUCAUGGACGAGAUGCACACUCCAGCCGACUAUCCCCGCGCCAUCUUCUCUCUCGGCAUCUUCGAGAUCUUCCUCUACACCAUCACCGGCGCCCUCGUGUUCGCCUUUGUUGGUCACGAUGUCCAGGCCCCUGCUCUCCUCUCGGCUGGCCCCACCAUGUCCAAGGUUGCCUUUGGUGUCGCCCUGCCCGUCAUCUACAUCUCUGGCAGCAUCAACACGGUUGUCUGCGCCCGUUACAUCCAUGGCAAGUGGUUCAAGGACUCGGUUAUCCGCUACGUCAACACCCCCAUGGGCUGGAUCACCUGGAUUGGUGUCGAUGCCGCCAUCACAAUCGUCGCCUUUGUCGUUGCCGAGGCCAUUCCCUUCUUCUCGCCCCUGUUGGCCAUCUGCGCUGCCAUCUUCCUGUCUGGCUUCACAUUCUACUUCCCGGCCAUCAUGUGGUUCAUGUUCAUCAAGGAGGGCAAGUGGACGCCAUGGAACAUCAUGCUGGGUGCGCUCAACGUGGUGGCGUUCAUUGUGGGCAUGGUCAUUCUCGGGCUCGGCACCUACUCGGCUGUCAAGGACAUCACAAUCCGCUACGAGACGGGUGCCGUUGGUACUUCUUUCGGCUGCGCUCCACUCGCCUGAGCUGA